AACAAUUGUUUACAUUUUUUUUUUUUUGAAUUUUUUUUCAAAGUAAAAAAUUAGAAAAUCAAAAUUCUCGUAUACAAAUAUCUCGUAUACAAAUAUGUUCCGUACAACAACACAUUAUAAAUAUUGGAUAUUUGAUGAUGAAGAUGAACUAUAUAGACGAAGACAGGAAGCAAAUCAUCGUUUUAUUCAAGACAAUAUUACCUGGCUUAAUGUGAAGCCAGAUGAAGCUCAUAAACAUUUUCUAACACUUGCCGAAGAGAUAGCUUUGGUUAAUUUUUAUCUAAGUUUAUUGAGAGAUUUUUGCCGUCGAUUCAAUCCACCUAUGCCUAAAUAUGUGACGAGUACAUCAAUACAAUAUUUUAAACGUUUCUAUCUCAAUAAUUCUGUAAUGGAACAUCAUCCAAAACAUUUGAUUGUUACAUGUGUAUAUUUAGCUGCCAAAAUUGAAGAAUUCAAUGUUACAAUGGAUCAAUUUGUUAAAAAUGUUAAAGGUGAUCGUGAAAAAGCGGCCGAUAUUGUAUUGAACAAUGAACUAUUAUUGUUACUUAAAAUCAAUUAUCAGCUGAUCAUUUGGCAUCCAUAUCGAUCGAUCGAAGGAUUUCUUAUCGAUAUCAAGACCCGUUGUCCAUCGUGCAGAGAUCCGGAACGUUAUCGACAACAUAUCGAUACAUUUAUUGAUCAAUGUUUUCUUACCGAUGCUUUUUUUCUUCUCUGUCCGAAUCAGCUUGCGUUGUUGGCCAUCAUAUAUGCAGCCGAUAAAUUUAAUGAAUCAAUGGACGAAUAUUUACGUAUAUUAUUCGAUGGAAAUUCAGAUGAAAUAGCUUUUCUUCGUAAAUGGAUGAUAAAAACCAAUGAGAUGAUUCGAAAGAUUGAACCACCAGCAAAAAAUUAUGUAAAACAAAUUGAUACUAAAUUGGAAUAUGUACAAAGUAAAACAAUGGCUAUGAAUCGAUCUGACUCAUCAAAUCGGCCGAUUGAUUCUGAUGAUGAAAUUGAUGAUGUGGAUGAUGAUGACCAAAUCGAAGACGAUACGACCACUUACCCAUUAGAACGUUAUUCUCAUUAUCGUUCCGAACAAGAUCGAACUGAACAAAAUCUUCUGGAACGAUCUAUACGUAAAAAAUGAUGUCGCCAAUGAACUGUACCAUAACGGUAUUAUUUUUAUGUACGCAACAGGUGAUCAAGAAAAUUUCGUACCUGUAAAUUAAUAAAAAAAAAUUUUUAAAUAA